AUGAGCGUCGUGGGUGUCGAUUUUGGAACGCUUCAAACGGUGGUCGCUGUCGCCAGAAACCGUGGCGUCGACGUGAUCACCAACGAGGUUUCCAACAGAGCUACCCCCUCCAUGGUUGGUUUCGGCUCCAAGAAUCGCUAUAUUGGAGAGGCCGCCAAGACCCAAGAGAUCACCAAUCUCAAGAACACAGUGAGCUGCUUGAAGCGCCUCGCUGGUCGAUCCUUCAACGACCCCGACGUCAAAAUUGAGCAGCAGUACAUCACCGCCCCACUUGUUGAUAUCAAUGGACAGGUUGGUGUCGAGGUAUCCUAUCUUGGCAAGACGGAGAAAUUCACAGCUACUCAGCUCGUUGCCACCUACUUGAGCAAAAUCAAGCAGAUUGCUGCUACCGAACUCAAGUUGCCUGUUUCAGAUCUCUGCAUGAGCGUUCCGCCGUGGUUCUCUGAUGUUCAGCGCCGAGCCCUACUUGAUGCCGCUGAGAUUGCUGGCUUGAAACUCCUCCGCCUCAUCAAUGACAACACUGCGGCUGCUCUCGGUUGGGGUAUCACCAAGCUCGACCUUCCCGCUCCAGAGGAGAAGCCCCGUCGUGUGUGCUUCGUGGACAUCGGCCACGCCAACUUCACCUGCUCCGUUGUCGAAUUCAAGAAAGGAGAACUCGCCGUCAAGGGUACUGCUUGGGACCACAAUUUUGGAGGCCGGGACUUUGACAAAGCCCUUGUUGACCAUCUUGCCAAGGAGUUCAAGGGCAAGUAUAAGGUCGACAUCUACACUCACGGACGCGCCAUGGCCCGUACAAUCGCCGCCGCCGAGAAGACGAAGAAGAUUUUGUCAGCCAACCAACAGGCUCCUGUCAAUAUUGAGUCUCUAAUGAACGAUAUCGAUGUUGCCGCCAUGAUCACUCGCCAGGAGUUUGAGGCUAUGGUUGAACCCCUUCUGAACCGUACGCAGGUACCUCUCGAGCAGGCCUUGGCACAGGCUAAGCUCACCAAGGAUGAUAUUGAUUUCGUGGAGAUUGUCGGUGGCGGCUCUCGUGUUCCUGCUCUCAAGGAGCGUAUCCAGGCCUUUUUCGGGAAACCCCUCUCUUAUACAAUGAAUGCUGACGAGGCCGUCGCCCGUGGCUGCGCUUUCAGCUGCGCGAUUUUGUCGCCAGUGUUUCGCGUGCGUGACUUCUCAGUCCAAGAUAUCAUCAGCUACCCCAUCGAAUUUGCCUGGGAGAAAGCUGCCGACAUCCCCGACGAAGAUACUAGCCUGACUGUCUUCAACAAGGGUAAUGUUCUUCCGUCGACUAAGAUCUUGACCUUUUACCGCAAGCAACCAUUCGAUCUCGAAGCUCGGUAUGCCAAGCCCGAAGACCUGCCAGGCAAGCAGAACCCUUGGAUUGGACGAUUCUCUGUCAAGGGCGUCAAGGCCGAGGGUCAGGAUGAGUUCAUGAUUUGCAAACUCAAGGCUCGCGUCAACAUUCACGGCAUCCUUAAUGUCGAAAAUGGUUACUAUGUCGAAGACCAGGAAGUUGAGGAGGAAAUUAAGGAAGACGAAAAGGAGGACGGUGAGAAAAAGGAUCCCGAUGCCAUGGAUACAGAUAAAAAAGAGGAUGCCCCUAAGAAGACUAGAAAGGUUAAGAAGCAGGUCCGAAAGGGCGACUUGCCCAUUUCCAGUGGAACCUCUUCUUUGGAUGCCGCGCAGAAGGCCGCCUUGAGCGAGAAGGAGUCAGCCAUGGUCAUGGAGGACAAACUCGUCGCUGAUACGGAAGAGAAGAAGAACGAGCUGGAAACUUUCAUUUAUGAUCUUCGCGCUAAACUCGACGAACAGUACGCCGAGUUUGCCAGUGACGAAGAGAAGACGAGUAUCAAGGCCAAGUUGGAAACUGCCGAGGUAGGCGCAUUACCCAAGACCAAAAACGUGAUCGGCGUCUAUAUUGCCAAGCUUGACGAGCUGAGAGCUCUUGCUGGGCCUAUCGUUCAGCGCCACUUUGAGAAAAUUGAGGCCGAGAGACGUGCCGUUCAGGAGCGUAUUGAGGCCGAGCAGGCUGCCAAAAGAGCCGCUGAGGAAGAGGCUCGCAAGGCUGCUGAGGCGGAAAAGGCUGCUCAGCAAGGGUCUAACGACCAGGAGAUGAAGGAUGCCGACGCCCCUCAGACCCAGCCAGAAGAGCCUGCGGAGUCCAAAUAA